AUUUUAUAACAAACCAAAUUAUUCUCAGAUAUCAAUAUGAGCAAAAGUUGUUCAUUAUACUUUCAUUCUUGCACUUUCAUUUCCAUUUGAUCAUGUGACCAAGUCAUGUGACUUAGCAGAGGUCACAAACAAACAUGGCGGCUACAGCUAAAGAAAAGUUUGAUGCAGCCGUAAAAGUAAUUCAAAGUUUACCCAAAAAUGUAUUAGAACCACACCUUUAACUGAGAGUAUGUAGAUUUGUAGUGUGUUGUGCAGUGUUGUAUUGGCUUCGUUUCCUUGACCACUAUUGUAAUUGUGGCUAGUUUCAGCAGGCUCCUACCAACCAUCCUACAGUUUGAUGCUCAGAUUCUAUGGCCUCUUCAAGCAAGCAUCAGAGGGGGACUGUACUCAACCUAAACCUGCUUUCUGGGAGGUGGUCAAGAAGGCAAAAUGGGAUGCUUGGAUGAAGUUUGAAGGGAUGGAUGAGGAAGAGGCUAUGAUUAAAUAUGUUGAUGGUUUAAAAGAGAUUAUAGAAACUAUGCCUCACACUGAAGAUGUCGGUGAUUUCAUUGAUAAACUUGGUGACUUUUAUGAACUAGUGGAUCUUAAGUUUCCUGGGAAUGGAGACAAAUAUUUUAAAAAGUUACGAGAUGGAAGUCCUGUUCAACAAAAUAGCAGUAGUGAUGAUGAUAUAGAGAAAAUUGAUCCAGAUGAGUUUAGGAGAAACAGGACACCAUCUGGUGACUCAGGAAUACAAAACAACCAUGACAUCAUACAUGCUGACUUGCAACGAGUCCCUAGUUACAAUCUUGAACCUGUUACUUUUGACCCUGAAGCUGCUCAAUACCAGCUGCCAGCUAAACCUGGAUCAGCCCCACCAACUGUCAAUGGAGAUCCAAUCAAUUUGAAUGGCUUUGAACAUGUGACUGAUCCACAGGAUUCAGAUGGAGAGGAGUUUUGUGAUACAUCAGAGCAACCAACAGAAGAUCAAACAACAGCAAAUUAUAGUCAGUUCAACAAUUCAUCUACCCCAGUCAAAGAUUCUGGAUUUACAUCAAUAGGGACACAUUAUGUAGAUGGUGCUACUACAGUUACUUCACAAGCUGAUGUACAUUUAAGGGGAAUUUCCCCAAUCACUGUUGAAACCCAGUUAAGUUCAGUUACACAUACAGCAACUGGAGGACAGGGUAGUUCUAGCCCAGGACACUCAAGCUCCUCUGGGAGCUCAGACAGUUCAGUAGGAGUUAUCCAAACUGGUGAUCAUAAUUAUGCCAAGUUUGAAGGGGAGGCCCCUAAAGGGGGAAUUCAUGGUGUUCCGAGUGAUCCUAUGAUACAUCGGGGUGGUGGUGAAACAGCGGCAGAAGGAGGCAAUUCCAGGACACAACCUGCAGAGGGUGCUACUAAUCUAUACAACCAAAGAGGUGGAGCUUUACAAAGACAAAACCUCAACUCAGGUCGGCAACAGUUAGUGAGUGGGGGUGCUGGAGGGGGUAGAGACCAGGGACCACCCCAGUAUUAUAGAGUAGAUGUCAAUGAGCAAAUAGCCACAGCCCUAGUCAGAUUACAGCAGGAUAUGAACAGUGUCUUAACUAGGCUAAACACUUUAGAAACACUUUCUGUUGUUCAAACACAAGCAAAAGAAAAAGAACGCAAAGAGAAAGCAAGAAAUCAGUCUCCCAGUUGGUGGCCCUUUCCUCAAAUUAAUGGUCGUACUGCUUUUUUCAUUGUCAUCUGGCCAUUUAUCGCACAUUGGAUAAUACGGGUGCUUGCAAAUAGGAGACGGAGACCAUAAGAUACCAACGGACAUUCCACAAGGCUCAAUGGGAACACAAGUCAAUGAUAACACAAUUAAUGCUUGUAUCAGGAAGGAGUUUGCCUCAUGUUUCCAUACAUUUAAAGAAGUGAACUUUGAUCCUACCAUUCCUACUAUACAAAAUAUGUACUUAUAGCCCUUGUGCCACAUUCUUGAACUCUCAUCAGAGUAUUUGUGUAGGACAGCACUUUUAUUUUUCUUUAAGUAUUUUAAACCUUUAGCCAAUCAAAGACUGUGUUUCAUCAUUUGGAGGUAAUAUUCAAAUGAGUGAAUCUAAAAGGGGCAUAAUGAGUUUGAGUAAAUAAAGAAUCAGCAGUGGAAAUGACUUCUUGAUGAACGCCCUGAAGAAUGAUUGGCUUAUCUGCCAUUCUAAGCCUAAUUUUUGACUGCAUGCCUAACAUGCCUUCUUGGGUAAGGAAGUGAAACAAAUUUUAGUGAUAUGAAUAGGAAUCGAAAUUACAAUGUAUUUGAAGACAACCAGGGCUUCAGCUAAGGACUGGUCUGAUGGUCAUUAUCAGCUUGUUUACUUUUUGUAUCGACUAGCUGAUAUUUUCAUUUUAUGAAAUAUACAAGGUAUGUAUAAAUUGUAUAGGAAAAACUGUUUUAAACCAGCUGAUACAUAGCUGAUACAUAAUUUUGACCAGCUGGUUUAAAUCCUUAGCUUGAGUACUGAAUAAACGCUGAACUUUUUAAACAAACAAAUUCAAACAGGAGUAAUAUUGUGUAAAACGUCUAUGUGUAUGUAUGGAAAAGCAUAAUGUGUAAAGAUGGAAUAAUAUGGUCCAUAAACUAUUGCAGUAUUAUAUUAAUAAUAAAUUAUGUCGUAAAUUGAAUUGUGUACAUAAAUGUGAAUGUAAUUGUUAUUUGUACAGGUGAAAAUGAAAUGGAUUUUAAAUAGGUAAAGGGUAUUGUUUCGAUAUUAUAUUAAUCUGAUUAUUAAAUUAAUUAUCUGAAUUCAAGCUGGUUUUUUUCAGAAAUCCUUCACAUUUAAAACAUCUGACAAUAUCCUUUAAGUGUU